UCACUAUUAUAUUAGUUACGGUAAAAUGUUUCGAAGUGUAUUUUUUUUCUGUAUAUUUAUUUCAGUAAGUUCAAAGGAUUAUUAUACUAAAGAGGAUGUUGACGAUUACGUGAAACUAUUAGAAGAUGCAGUUGAAUCCAGCAAAACCUAUCAACCGGCAACUAGUGCACAUGAAUAUAAAGCUUUGAAAUCUGGACCUCCACAAGAUGCUGGCGAUUACGACUUUAUUGUAGUUGGAUCAGGAUCAACUGGAUCCUUAGUAGCUAGUCGUCUCUCCGAAAAUCCAGACUGGAAUGUUUUAGUGCUAGAAGCAGGCAACUUUGGCAAUAAUAUAACCGACGUGACAGCAAUGAGUUACAAGGCUAUGAUUAUGAGUGACUACAAUUGGGGCUAUUACAGUGUACCACAGAAUAAUACUUGUUUAGGGUUUGAAGAAAACAGGUGUCCCCAUAUUAGAGGAAAAGGAGUCGGUGGCACAUCUCUUCUAAACGCAUUAAUUGACAUUAGAGGCAACAGAUUAGAUUUUGACAAUUGGUGUGCGAUGGGUAACAAAGGUUGGUGUUAUAACGAGACAUUGCCAUUUUUCUUAAAGACUGAACAUCUUCAUUGGACAGAUCCAAAUGCCCCGAUUGAUCCUGCUUAUCACAAUUCAACAGGGUUGUUGUGGGUGGAGCAACCUAUGCCUAGAACGGAACAUACUAAGAUAUUUUUAGAAGCAAAUGAACAAAUGGGCUAUAAAAUCCGUGACGUAAAUGGCGCAGAACAAAUUGGUGUAAUGCCUUUCCAGAUAAAUACUAGAUAUGGCAGAAGACAGGACAGUGGUACUGCGUUUAUAAAACCAUUUUUAAACCGAAAAAAUCUCAAAGUACUGACUAAAGCUUUGGCUACAAAAAUUAUUAUUCAAAAUAAAACAGCAACUGGAGUUCAAUACUUGCAAAAUGGUGUAUUGUAUGAAGCAAGAUCUAAUAAGGAAGUUAUUGUAAGUGCUGGGGCAAUUAACAGUCCACAAUUAUUGAUGUUAUCAGGAAUAGGACCAAAAGCACACUUACAGAAAUUCAAUAUACCAGUAAUUCAAGAUUUGGAAGUUGGAAGUAGUCUCUCGGAUCAUUUACAAGUUUAUGGCAUGGUAUAUUCGAGUAAUCUUACAGAACCAAUAAAGACGCUUAGAGAAGCAAUGGUCGAGUAUUUAAGUAGCGGUACUGGCUAUCUUUCUGAAGCAUUACCAUCUCAAGCUGUCGGAUACUAUCAAACUCCACUUGAACCCAUUGCUGGCUAUCCAGAUCUGGAGAUGAGCUUUGCCGAUUGUAAUGGAUCAUCUGACGCAAUGGGAAGUUUUAUGAGAUGGAAACCAGAUAUAGCUCUUGCCGCAAAUGGUAUUGAAUCAGCCAGUUCAUUCAAAAUAUUUGUAACUCCUUUACAUACAAAAUCAUUAGGUACGGUUAGAUUAAAGAGUGCUAAUCCUUUGGAUUAUCCAGAAAUAGAUCCCAACAUACUAUCAGACCCUGCAGGAUAUGAUCUAGAAAGUGUUUAUGUUGGAAUACAAUUCGUACUAAAUCUUACAAAACAGGGACCUUUUAAGAAAAUAAAUGCCAAAUUGGAACACAACCCGAUAAAAGAAUGCAGACGGUAUGAAUUAAUGAGUAGAGAAUAUUGGAAGUGUGCUAGUAAAUACAUCGUCUGUCAUAAUAAUCAUUCUGUCGGUACUUGCAAAAUGGGUCCAGAUCCAAAACUUGGUCACGUAGUUGAUAACGAAAUGAGAGUAUAUGGAAUUAAGAGAUUACGCGUUGCCGAUGCUAGUGUUAUACCUCUUUCUACCUCUAGUCAUAUAAACGCAAUUUGUUACUUAAUUGCGGAAAAACUGGUUGAUUUUAUUACGAAACUUCAUAAAAAGUUACACCCUUUAAGUAACAUAUAGUUAAUUUUACUGUUACGAUCAAUUAAAAACUAGUAUCCUUAA